GAUAACCCCAUCCCAAGAAACUUAUCACCAUGUUGAAUUCUAUCAGUACCAAAUAAGGAGAUGAGCAAUAUCAUUAUCAUAUUCUCAGCCGCCCAUUUCCUUUCUGCUUCUUCCUGAAAGCUAAGAAGAAGAGGAUUAGCGUGUUGCUUCUGCUAUGCUUCACCUUCAACCUCGCGGAGGACUCUUCUCGUACAGUUUCAGUAGCUGUAGCUGUAAGUUGAACAAUCUUCUGGUGAUAAUGGCGUCUUCCAAGCAUUUACUGCACACUUCCUUGAAGUCCUCCUUCAUAGUCGCGCCGAAACCGGUUUUGAAUUCCAUAGCGCCCUCAGCUCCUUCCCGUCUCAUCUUCUCUGCAUUUGCUUCCAAACCCGUCUCCCCCGCUCGGCAGGCGUCCCGUUUGUACUACGGGGCUCAUCCCGUUCCCCCGCCAGUUACCCUGGAAGAUGGCCCCGAGGGGAAAUCCUCGCGAUUGAACUUGUUGAACCAGAAACUUAAGGAGAUCGGUAUAGAUAGUGUUUCGUGUGCCCCUGGGCAGUACUCUGGAUUGCAUUGUCCAAUGUGCAAAGGCGGGGACAAUAAUGAGAGGAGCUUAUCUCUUUAUAUUGAUCCUAAAGGGGAUGCAGCUUUAUGGACCUGCUUUCGAGGUAAAUGUGGCUGGAGAGGCAGCACAAAGGCAUUGGGAGAUACAAAGUCAACAGAUGGAGAUAUGAAGAAGAGCUUGAAAUCAAAUAAGAAAUACAGACAGUUAGAUGAGCAAAGUUUGAGAUUGGAACCUCUAAGUAGCGAGCUACUUGCAUACUUUUCCCAGCGAAUGAUUUCUGGGGAAACCUUGCGGAGAAAUGGUGUCAUGCAGCAUAAAGCCUAUAAUCAGAUUGUUAUUGCAUUUCCUUAUCGGAGGAAUGGCGAAAUUGUAAGCUGCAAAUACCGGGAUAUAAACAAAAAAUUUUGGCAGGAAAGUGACACUGAAAAGAUACUUUAUGGAUUGGAUGAUAUAACGGGAGCAAGUGAUAUAAUUAUCGUUGAGGGUGAGAUGGACAAGCUUGCAAUGGAAGAAGCUGGUUUUCGUAAUUGUGUCAGUGUCCCUGACGGUGCUCCUGCAUCAGUUUCCAAAAAAGAUUUGCCACCCGAGGAUCAGGACACAAAGUAUCAAUAUCUUUGGAACUGCAAAGAAUUCUUUGAAAAGGCAUCUCGUAUAAUACUUGCAACUGAUGGGGAUCCACCUGGCCAGGCUCUAGCUGAAGAACUUGCCCGCCGUUUAGGGAGAGAAAGGUGCUGGCGAGUGAAAUGGCCUAAGAAGAUUAAUGGGGAUUGCAAAGAUGCAAAUGAGGUGCUUAUGUAUCUGGGACCUGAUGAAUUGAGGGGGGUCAUUGAAAAUGCUGAGCUAUAUCCCAUAAAAGGGUUGUUCAACUUCAGAGACUAUUUUGAUGAGAUUGAUUCAUACUAUUAUCAAACAGUUGCUUUUGAUCUUGGGGUUUCAACUGGAUGGAGAGGCCUAAAUGAACUAUACAAUGUUGUGCCUGGAGAGUUGACGGUUGUUACAGGAGUUCCUAAUUCAGGCAAGAGUGAGUGGAUUGAUGCUCUCCUAUGCAAUCUUAACCGAAGUGUCGGCUGGAAAUUCGUUCUUUGCUCUAUGGAGAAUAAGGUUCGGGAGCAUGCUAGGAAACUUUUGGAGAAACACAUAAGGAAGCCUUUCUUCAAUGUCAGGUAUGGAAAUGAGGCUGAACGGAUGAGCGUUGAGGAAUUCGAGCGGGGAAAGGAAUGGCUCAGUGAUACAUUUUCUCUCAUAAGGUGUGAAAAUGAUUCUCUACCAAAUAUAGAUUGGGUUCUUAAACUUGCAAAGGCAGCAGUUCUGAGACACGGGGUGAAUGGACUUGUAAUUGAUCCAUAUAAUGAGCUUGAUCAUCAACGUGCUCCUAGCCAGACUGAAACAGAGUAUGUUAGUCAGAUGCUCACAAAGAUUAAACGGUUUGCUCAACACCAUUCUUGUCAUGUUUGGUUUGUAGCACAUCCACGUCAGUUGCAUCAUUGGGUUGGAGGUCCUCCGAAUCUAUAUGAUAUUAGCGGAAGUGCACAUUUCAUAAACAAAUGUGACAAUGGAAUUGUUAUUCAUCGGAAUAGGGAUCCUGAGGCUGGCCCUUUGGAUCUAGUACAGGUUUGUGUAAGAAAGGUACGCAACAAGGUUAUAGGAACUAUUGGAGAUGCCUUCUUGUCAUAUAGCAGGCUUACUGGUGAAUUUAUGGACAUUGAUGAAAGCCCAAAACAAAAAAAGAAAUCUUGAGCAAUGAGUUGCUGCUAUUCUGUGUUUGCGGAACUGUGCCAGUCUUGUGGAUGCGGUAGUUGACCUCUGCAUAAGCCAUUGGCUCUGGUGGAAUGCUGCCACCUGUAGAGUAAAUUAGCAACAAGAAAUUCAACUGUAUAUUGUUACUUGUUAGUCAUUGAAUGUAUUGUUAUAUGUGACUUUUUAUUUAUUUAUUUUUUCCAUUGAGCCUAGGUUGUAGCCUUGUCCUGUCCUCUUCAAACUCCAAUUCUCAGUGGCCUUUCUUUCUGAGAAGUUCUGAUUUUGUUGAUGUUACUAUGCCCAUUCUUAGUAGAUGCUGGGCCAAUUUUUGUUUAGUACGAUGUAUGGAUUGUACAUGGAAUCCUAUAUCUAAAUUCUGAUUUUCCAAGAAUAUUUUAUUUUUACAUAUUGGAAUUAA